AUGAAUAACGACAAUAAUCAACCCCAACCCAACCAAAACACCCCGCCGGGCAUUUCGUUCGCCUUUGAUAUCUUUCCUCUGGAGUUCAAUCGCACGUCGCAGACCCAAGGCUCCUCCGACUCGCCCAUUGCCCUGAUGAUGCGCAAUUUCGUCGAGAUCCUCAACCGGCCCUCCAAGCACAAGCACGCCACCAAGGACGCCAUCGACUCUUUGAAGCCAAUUCCGCUCGCAGAACUGCCAGAAUCAGAGAAACAGUGCCCGAUCUGUUUCGAGCCGUUCGAAGAGUACGCAGAGAAACAUGAGUCACAGACAGAACAAAAGAAAGCCGAUAAUUUGCCCUCCUUCUUCGACGGCUACGAAGCCUCCGACCCCGACCUUGCAUUCCCUACAGACCAAACAGCCACACGCGAAGUGACGUACAGCCCCGGCGAGGAGCUGCAUGCUCAGCCGGCUGCCAAAGCCGAGGACAAAUUAGAAGAUGCGCAUUACCCCGUGAAGCUCGAUCAAUGCGGCCACAUAUUUGGCAAGGCUUGCGUGGCCGAGUGGCUCAAGAGCAACGUUUCGUGCCCCCUCUGUCGACGUGAGAUCGCGCCAGAAAUGACCGAGUCGCCGAACCCGAGCUUCAGCCUGGUGUUUUACCCUGUCGCCUUGACCGAGACGUUUGUGCCUAUUAGCUGGUCUGGCCCGGUCAGAACGGGCUAUGCACUAAGCGACCCCCCAAUCAACUUCCCUGCGCAGGGAGAAGGUUUUUCGAUGGGAAGACGCACGGGCCCCGAGGCUCCUGCUCCGGAACCGCAGGAAAGAGCGCAGACUCCAGAUAGAACAGGGUCUGGAGGGCCCACGCGCAACAACGCCUCGCGAACAGUAAGAUCGCAUCCUUACUCGCGUCCCUCGAGCAACUCGUCAGAAAGCGAAGGCUAG